AUGAGCCAGGCCGCCAUCGCCGCUGCCGAGUCGAAGCCAGACAGCCCAAGCAAAGGUCCGAUGUUGAAGGGGAAAGGCAGCUCAGUCGGGGCAACGGAGGCUGCAGCAGUGGCAGCCAACAUGUGCGCCACGCCACGGACUAGCCCGGAAUGGAACGACCCUUGCAGAGUAGAGUACGGGAGAGACGAGACGCGGAAAGGAGUCGAGGAGCGUGAAAACGGCUGCUGCGAGAGAAGGGGAGAGAUGGAGGCCCAAAGAGUGCCGAUUGUCGCGGAGGCAAUGGAGCGUCGGAGCGGUAGGUUGGGUAACGACAAGAAGGGUGGGUGA